UGGUGGUCGGUGACUGACUUAUUGCUACUCAUCGUGGCUGACAGGUACAGAUAACUCUACCUCUAGUUCGCGAAAAAUGUCUUGGCUGUUCGGCUUGAAUAAAGGACAACCGGAGGCCCCACCUGACCUACCGGGCUCACCACCGCCGCCUCCACCGACUGGGGGCUCCGGUGGUAGUGGUGGUGAUAAACCCAAGGACAAAUGGAGUAAUUUCGACCCGACCGGGCUUGAACGUGCGGCUAAGGCAGCAAGAGACCUCGAUGCAUCACGCCAUGCAAAAGAGGCUUUGGAACUUGCUCGAAUGCAGGAGCAAACAGUCCAGAUGGAGUAUCAAGGUAAAAUUAAGGAGUAUGAGGCUGCAGUGGAGCAGCUGAAAGGAGAUCAGAUCCGCAUUCAGGCUGAGGAGAGGAGGAAAACCCUUAAUGAGGAGACGAAGCAGAAUCAAGCGCGGGCUCAGUACCAAGACAAGCUGGCCCGACAACGCUACGAAGACCAGCUUAGACAACAGCAAGCACUUAAUGAGGAGAACCUUCGCAAACAGGAGGAGUCAGUGCAGAAACAGGAGGCCAUGAGAAGAGCGACGGUUGAACAUGAGAUGGAGCUAAGGCACAAGAAUGAGAUGAUGCGGGUGGAGGCAGAGGCCAAGGCCAGGGCAAAGGUCGAGAGGGAAAAUGCUGACAUCAUUCGUGAGCAAAUCCGCCUAAAAGCUGCAGAACACAGGCAAACUGUAUUAGAGUCCAUACGAACGGCCGGGACCGUGUUCGGAGAGGGAUUCAGGGCUUUUGUCUCAGACUGGGACAAAGUUACAGCCACUGUGGCAGGACUCACUUUGCUGGCUGUGGGGGUGUACUCUGCCCGGAAUGCCACAGGUGUGGCAGGACGUUACAUUGAGGCACGACUGGGUAAACCUUCUCUGGUCAGAGAAACAUCUCGCAUUACUGUGGCCGAAGCCAUCAAGCAUCCAAUCAAGGUGGCAAAGCGUCUUACCAGUAAGCCUCAAGAUGCUCUUGAGGGGGUUGUUCUCAAUCCCAGUUUGGAAGAGCGGGUCCGUGACAUUGCCAUAGCAACAAGGAACACCAGACAGAAUCGCGGGCUUUAUCGUAACAUCCUCAUGUACGGCCCACCUGGAACUGGAAAAACUCUCUUUGCCAAAAAGCUGGCCAUGCACUCUGGCAUGGAUUACGCCAUCAUGACGGGUGGAGAUGUGGCCCCAAUGGGGCGUGAGGGGGUUACUGCCAUGCACAAGGUCUUCGACUGGGCCAGCACCAGUCGACGAGGACUGCUGCUGUUUGUAGAUGAAGCUGAUGCAUUCCUACGUAAGAGAGCUACUGAGAAAAUCAGUGAGGAUCUAAGAGCCACUCUAAAUGCAUUCCUGUAUCGCACUGGAGAACAGAGCAACAAGUUCAUGCUGGUGCUGGCCAGUAAUCAGCCUGAGCAGUUUGACUGGGCCAUUAAUGACCGUAUAGAUGAGAUUGUGAACUUUGCCCUGCCAGGCCUAGAGGAGAGGGAGAGGCUUGUACGCCUUUACUUUGACAGAUAUGUGCUGGAACCAGCCACCGGAGGGCGACAGAGGUUGAAGCUGGCCCAGUUCGAUUAUGGGCAGAAAUGUUCCGAAAUUGCCAAGCGCGUGGAGGGCAUGUCGGGUCGUGAGAUCUCUAAACUGGGCGUCGCUUGGCAGGCGGCAGCCUAUUCCUCUGAGGACGGAGUCCUGACUGAAGCUAUGAUUGAUGCGCGGGUGGAAGAUGCUGUGAGACAGCACCGUCAGAAGAUGGACUGGUUGCAUGGGGAAGGUGUGCUGGACAAUGAGGGCAAGCUAGCUUUUAAGGGCCAGCAGGGGGCAGCAGAGAGUGCAGGCAAAAUGGGCUUUACUCUGCCUCUGGAUUCACCCCCACAGGCCCAAGAGGUGCUCGACCCGCUGCAGGACAAGGAAAUGUCCACAGUUCAGGCAGAAGAGAAACCAGAGGUGGCUGAACAGGCAGUGCCACCCUCUGUGGACAGUACUGUCCUACCUGAGGAGGGAGGUCAUACAGGAGGAGAGGGAACUGCUCCAGUGAAAGAGGAGGAGAUAGCUAAUGGGACCAAACCCCAGGGAGGAGCCGAUGUCCCCGGGGACCUGACACAGACUGAAUUGGCCUCUCCUAAGACAGGCAGAGUAGAGAGUGAGGGGAAGGCAGAACCACCGUCCAAGGAUGGAACGCCAGUCUGAAGGACAGAUGAAGUUUCAAGGUCACACAGUGCACUAUGCAUAGGUAGACACCCCAUGAAAGCCACCACAAGAACCUCUGCUGUCACUUGUUGUCGGUCGUCUGUGUGUAUGUAUGUGUGUGUGUGUGUGUAUGUGUAUGUGUGUGUGCGCACGCGCACCAGUGUAUGCCAGCAGAGUGGAAGAGACUGUGCAGAUCAAAUUUACAGUAUACUUAAUGAAACUAAAGAGUGGUGUGGGCAGUGUCAAAAAAACCCAUGUGUUCAGCUGUAAAACGUCUGUCAUUGUAUUUUACUUUUAAACAAUGCACUAUUAACAGCCUUGCUGACAGGAAAAAAAACAAACGUGUUAAACUAAUGUAAGACGAUGAAUAUGUUUUUAUGAAUA